AUUCAGGAAACUCCAUUGACCAACGCGCCUUGUCGCGUCCAUUCUAGACUUGUUCAACGACAUCCGUCCCUUGUAUCUCUUUACGUCCCCGUCUGAUCCCCAGCCUUGGGUUCUGUGCCAGUUUUUAGCACAUCAUACUAGUCCAGCAUCUUCCAUCGUCCCAUUGGUUCUGAUCCAGUCUCGCCUCAGAUUUGUCUCAGGUGGUCCAGGCUCCAGGUCCAGGUCCAGCCUUUGGCCGGGUUUUGAUUCUGAACGUUCAAUCGCUGGAAUAUGCCCGGGUUCCACACGCGAGACCAUUUUUGCCAAUCUCUGCAGCGGAACUCGUCUAUCUUCGCCCCAAUCUCACAUUCUAGCAAGCAUGGCGUUUGAGCCCAUGUCCCUCCCCGCCGCGGGACAGCCAAAUCUAACGGAUGACGAGAUGUUCAGCAGCUUCAACCUCAGAGGAGGCGAUGGUUCACACAACAUUGACGGCAACAGGCCACAAGCCCGAUCACGCAGGAGAAGGGACCCUACAGCAUCGGCAUCACCCCAGCCAAAUGCCCAAAGCAGUUCCGGAUUCCAGCCUGGUGCCAUUGUCCGUGUCAAACUCAAGGAUUUCGUCACCUACAACGAGGCCGAGUUUUUUCUUGGUCCGAGUUUGAACAUGGUCAUUGGGCCCAACGGCACCGGAAAGAGCUCGCUUGUCUGUGCUAUUUGCUUGGGAUUAGGCUUUCCAUCCAGUGUAUUGGGCCGCGCCACUGCCGUCGGAGAGUUUGUAAAGCACGGAAAGGACGAAGCUAGGAUCGAGGUGGAACUUCAAGGGAAACCCGGAGAGGACAACUACGUCGUCGGUCUGCUCAUCAUUCGAGAGACCAACAAAACAAGGUUCACCAUCAACCGUGAGCAAGCGACUCACAAGGAAGUGCGCCAACUGAUGAAGUCGCUACGCAUCCAAAUCGACAAUCUUUGUCAAUUCUUGCCCCAGGAAAAGGUGGCCGAGUUUGCUGGCCUCACUCCGGUCGAGUUGCUCGAAAAGACUUUGCAAGCCACCGCACCGGAAGAAAUGAUUGCGUGGCAAAGCGAACUGAAAGACCACUACAGGGUCCAAGCAGAAGCCCAGCGCAGUGCCGACGAGAGCGGCGAGGAGAUCAAGAGAUUGGAGGAGCGCCAAGCAGCUCUGCAGACUGAUGUCGAGCGGCUUCGGGAAAAGGAACAGUACGAGGCCGCCAUUGCCAAACUCAAAAAGCUGAAGCUUGUGGUCGCCUAUAACGAGGCCCGUGAACAAUUUCACGUUGAGAAAAGGAAGAAGAAGGAAGCAGAACGACGUCUGAACCAACUCCAGCGAGACUCUGCUCCAUCCUUGGAGGCGGUUAAUAAGAAGCAGGAAUACGUGGAGGGGGUUAAAGCCGCUGUCGAAACCAGGACAGCCAGGCUAAGAGACGCCGAAAAAGAUGCUGACAAUGCCGCCAGAGGAAUCGAGGCGGCUGAGAGCAAAGUCAGGAACCUCGCUGGUCAACUUGAAGCGGAACAAGGCGCAUUUGCUGCUAGAAGACAGGAACUUGGCAAGAUCCGUAAGAAGAUCACCGAGUUGGAAGCCAAGCACAAACAGAACCCUAGGGAUUUUGAUCCAGCCGAAUGGAACAGGCGGAUUCGAGAGCAAGAGCAUGUGAUUCGCGAUAAGGAACAGGAAAUCGCUGAAGUGAAUGAUCAAGUGACGACGUUAAAAACUCAAGGGAGAGAAAUAAAUAGGACAAUCCGAGCGGCGGAGGAGAAGAUAGCGGCUCUCGAUUCUCACCAGGGUCAGUUACUCAGCCAGCUGCAACAGGCUAACAGGGACGCUGCCCAGAUCUGGGAAUGGCUCCAGGAGAACCAGAACGUUUUUGAGAAGGAGGUCUUUGGACCCCCGAUGCUGACCUGCUCCGUCAAGGAUCCUCGUUAUUCCAACCUGAUUCAAGCCUUUCUGCAGGAGAGUGAUUUCUUGUGCUUUACGUCACAGACCAGAAAGGAUCACAAGACGCUCAGUGACCAAGUCAUCAACAAAAUGGGACUUUCCGCCACUUUGCGAUGCUGCGAAGCCGACGUCGACUCCUUCAGGCGGCCUACGUCGCAGGCCGAACUCAACGCGUUUGGUCUUGACAGGUUCAUCAUUGACUGUCUUGAAGGUCCAAGCCCAGUACUGGCCAUGUUGUGCUCCGAGAAAAAGCUUCACAGUACGGCAGUUGGACUUGCUGAUAUUUCGGAAGAACAAUACCACAAGAUCACUUUGGACGGCCGCAUACGCUUUUUCGCUGCCGGAAAGCAAUCCUACAUGAGCAACCGCCGUGUAGAAUACGGCCCCAAUGCCGUAUCAACUCGCGUUAUGCAGGUCCGUCCGGGCAAGUUCUGGACAGACAAGCCGGUGGAUGACUCCGUGAAGAGGGAGAUGGAGCGUCUGAGAGAUAGAGCCCGCUUCGAACGCGAGGAAUUGAAACAGACACAUGAUGAGUUGGUAGGGCGUAUGGAUGUACUGCGCAACGAGAUAAUAACAAUCAAGGAUAAACUCGAGCAAAUACGAGCCGAGAAAAACGAGCUACAAAGGGAACACAGCAUUUGGCAAGCUCUCCCUGACAAAAUCGAAUCCGAGAAGAGGUCCGAGCAGGAUAAGAGGCAGGAGCUCAUCGAAACUCAGGCCCAACUGGCCGAUCUCGAGAAGCAGCACGAUCGCGCCGUUCUCAAAACGGCCGAAGCCGUUUUACAGCAUCAAGCGAAACUUUCAGGCAUCCGAGAGGCGUAUCAGGCCCUUCAGGAAGCAAAGGUGCUUCUCAUCGAAGCCCAGUCUGACUUUGAAGUGUUGAAGGAGAGGAACGCCGAGAUUAUCAAGAACCUGGAAGACGAGAAAAGAGCCCUGACUGAAAUCUCAGGGCAAAUUGCCGAGAUCCGUCAGCGGGCCACCGAGGCAAAGGCAGCUGCCGAAGAAGCCCUCAGCGAGGAGGAGAGGAGUGGGGGGGAAUUUUCUGCUCUGGCGAAGGCUACGACUCUAGAACAAGUUGAGAGUGAUCUUAGGGCGCAGGAGACUUUGGCGGACGGCAUUGAGGCCAAUAACCCACAUGCGCUCAAGGAGUACCAGGACUGGGCCCAGAAGAUCGAACGCGAACAAGCGAACCAUGAGCGCCGCGCAGCCCAGCUAGCCGACGUAAACGCCAAGAUCGAAACCAUCAGGAGUCAGUGGGAGCCUAGGCUGGAUGAACUUGUCAGCAGGAUCAACGAUGCGUUCUCGUACAACUUUGAACAGAUCAGCUGCGCGGGAGAAGUUGGCGUCCACAAGGACGAGGAUUUCGAGAAAUGGGCCAUUGAAAUCAAGGUCCGAUUCCGAGCAGGCGAAGCCCUCCAACGACUUGACCAACACCGCCAAUCCGGCGGCGAGCGCGCAGUCUCAACCAUCUUCUACCUCAUGUCCCUCCAGUCGAUGGCCCAAGCCCCCUUCCGUGUCGUCGACGAAAUCAACCAAGGCAUGGACCCCCGCAACGAGCGCAUGGUGCACGAACGCAUGGUCGAGAUUGCCUGCGGCGAACGUACGUCGCAGUACUUCCUGAUCACGCCCAAGCUGCUGUCUGGGCUGAGGUAUGACAGGCGCAUGAGGGUCCAUACGAUCAUCUCUGGCGAGCAUGUCGACCCCGAGGGAACUGUCAAGAUGAACUUUGGAAAGUUUGCAGCGAUCCAGAGAGGAUUGUUGAACAGGACGAUUCCGUUUGCGAGCCAGGUGGCGAGGGAUGAUGCUUCGCAGGCUUCUUCGAUGGUGGAGGCUUCGCAGGCUUAAUAGGGCUGGAUUAGAAUGGGAUAGAAGGGUUGGUUGUCAAAAGCAACUGAUGAUUUGGGGAUCGGUUGUGUUGCUUCUUUUGCUAUUCUGGAGUUUGGGGAGGCUUGUAUAGCUGGUUGUCUGUCUACUUGAUAUCUUUUCAAGAUCUAUUCACUGUUCAUCUUCCUAUCUAAUCAUGCCUGACACUCGUGGUAAAGCAAAGACUACCUGACCCUUCUUUCGAAUAGGACGAUGUAAGUCGAUGUUGUUGCUGUAUCUACUAUCAGCCCAUCUGGCGAUUACCUAUCCUUACUCCUACUAUCGGGUCUCUACCCUCUAGUAUCUCUUCGAGCCUCCCUCCGAAACCACACCACUAGUUUUUUUGCCCGUAAAUGUCAACAGGUAGGUAACUUGUAACUCUAGCCACCAACUCGGUGCUACAUCACUACCAACGACAGAAGUAUCCAUGCAGGCCAUGGUAGUGGUAUCCAUUGAUCAACAGGAACAAGCGGGGAACAACCGUCAUAAUGGUGGAUAACGCGAAAAAUGCCCAGUCCGCGCCACUUGCCUGCCGAACUUGAAUCUCUUCUAGUGUAGUGUAGCUGAGUGUAUGUCUCCAUCGGAGAACCAGAGAACAUACUAUAGUAUCUCCGUCGGAGCUGCUCUGAUGUCUAAACGCCCGAUGUGGAUUCUCACG